AUGAAGCUGUCCUCGGUUCUCUGCGGUGUCUUUGCGACCCUCACUGUUGCGUUUCCCAAGGAAUACCUCAGUUUCGCGACUUGGGGUGUCGAGGGUUAUGCUAAGGAUAAUCCCAUUGGCAUUACCACUGGUGGAAAGGGCGGAAAGACUGUUACUGUCACUACUGCUGAGGAGCUUGUCGCUGCUGUCAAGGGUACCGAGCCUAAGAUCGUGAAGCUCAAGGGCAAGGUUACUCUUCCUUCUCGGCUCAAGGUCGGAUCCAACACUUCUCUUAUUGGUGUUGGAUUGACAGCUCACAUCACCGGUGCUGGUGUUGACGUUUACCAUGGAGACAAUGUCAUUCUGCGGAACUUGAAGAUCACCCAUAUUCUGGAUAAUGAUUGCAUCACUAUCCGAAACAGCACUCGUGUCUGGGUUGAUCAUAACGAGUUUGCUUCUGAUAUCAACCAAGGCCCUGAUCACUACGAUGGACAAGUCGACAUCAUCCGCGCCUCGGAUUGGAUCACCGUCUCGUGGAAUUAUUUCCACGACCACUGGAAGUCUUCCCUCGUUGGCAACGAUGCUACCUUCCGCGAUCUCGACUUCGGUCACCUCCACGUCACAUACCAUCACAACUACUGGCGCAACAUGGGAACUCGCGGUCCCGCUGGUCGCUUUGGUCACCAGCAUGUGUACAACAACCUCUACGAGGACUUCCUUUACCAGGCUAUCCACAGUCGAUCUGACAACCAGGUUCUUGUUGAGGGCAACGUCUUCCGAGGCAAUACCAGCGAGGCUCUGAGCACUUACGGUCUUGUCAUCCCCAUGGACUCUCCCAACACUUGCACUUGCGGUGACGAGGAGCUUGAUGGCUAUGCCAACCUUGGAGCCAAGAACGAUUGGGGAAAAGCUGGAGUUAACAUUACACAGAAAGGCAACUUCUACAAGGCUGAUUACAAGUACAAGUUGACUCCCCUCAAGCUUGUUCCCACCGUGGCCAAGCUUGGUGCAGGUGUUGGCAGGAUCUGGAUAUUUCCUGAGAAAGGCGAUACCCGACCCCCGCCACCACCCGUCGCUUGUCUUUCACAUAUACAUAUAUCGAAAGCCAACGACACUUGCGACUCAUUAGCUCUUGAGUACAGCGUCUCUUCUGCAGAAAUCUUCAUCAACAACCCUGAUAUCCUCGACUGCUACGAUAUGGUUGAAGACGUGCCAAUCUGUCUACCAUUUCAAUGCAAUACUUAUCAAGUUAAAGAGAACGAUACCUGUACCUCUGUGUCUAAAUCCUUGGGAAUCACCAUCAAAGACUUCAUUUCUCUCAAUCCAUGGAUUCGAAACGAUUGCGGUUAUUUCCCGUCGGGGACAAUAACCCUGGGGAAAUUCAUUUGCACUACGCCAUCUGACGGCCUUUAUAACCGAACUAUCAGCAAGUCUGACCCGGCAGACUCCAAUUAUGCUGAUGAGGUUGUUCCACGACCUGAGAACGCCGAUCCGGCUGCGAAUCCACAAUGCGGGCGUUGGUAUACAGUUGAGGACGGAGAUGACUGUCGCUCGGUCCUGGGCCAGCACGACAUGAGUCUAUCUCUAUUUACAGCUGCCAACCCAUCGAUAUCGCCAAUUAACUGUACGACGAGUCUCAUCCCAGGACAAGCCUACUGUGUCGCUCCAACCAAAAACUCUCUACCAGAAUCAUAUCGCUCUCCUGCAUAUUGGCGCCAAGGAUGUUAUUUCAGUGCGAACCAAGAUUUUUAUGGUCCCACCCGUGCUUUGACAGGUCCUAGGUUGAGCCAUAUCAAGCCCUUGUCUAUUUCUUCUUGUCAAGCCUACUGUCUCUCACUCUCCUUGCCUGUUUUCGGUCUACGAAAUGGCGACACCUGUAUAUGCGAUGAUCGUUUGCGAAUGGAUAGCAGGCCUAAUAAGAUCUGGGGGUGCGGAUCUCUCUGCGGCUCCGCAAAUGGAGUUUGUAGUCCGGAACAACACCCUAUCGAAGUCUUUAGUUCUCAAGAGCAUCUGGCUGUUGAGUACGUCAAUAUCGGAUGUUUCGAGAGUAAGAAGGAAUACGUGUUACUGGAAAAGGACUAUAUAUAUUGGAGAGACGGCACUCUAGAAGAGUGCGCAUCCUUCUGUCGCGAAGCUGACUACUUUGCUCUCCAGACUAAUUAUUAUAGUUCAGUCGAACAACACAACUACUGCGUUUGUGGCAGUCAAUUGAACCCAAGCAUUAAGAAGCUGAGGAAGGAGAAGGAAUCUGCCGAUGAGAAGGGGGAUAUUUGCAGGGGGGAAGGCAGGACAAAUAUCUAUACUACAAACUCUAAGCUCCUUAUUGGAGUUAUUGGUACUAUUGGCAUUUGCCUCAUCAUCAACAAGAUCCUGAACCGGAUCGUACUCUUCAAAUCGUCCACCACGCAAUCAUGGGACUGGAGUAAGGAAAUCGUACUCAUCACAGGUGGUAGUGGGGGUAUCGGCUCUGAAAUGGUCAAUAAAUUCUCCUGCAGAAACGUCAAAGUUGUAUCCUUUGACAUACUCCCACCAAAAGGCACACUCUCUGCAAAUGCACAUUUCUACAAAGUCGAUGUCACUUCGCCACAAAGCAUACACGAAGCCAUGAAGCAAGUCCGCCAGGAAAUCGGAGAUCCAUCGGUUCUGAUCAAUAAUGCUGGCAUCGCCUUAGGCAAAGACAUUCUGUCUUGCACCGCAGACCAGAUCAAGCAGAUGGUCCAGGUCAAUCUGCUCGCGCACUUUUGGCUCGUGCAAGAAUUGCUCCCAUCCAUGGUCAAGCAGAAGCACGGCCAUGUCGUCACAAUUGCUAGCGUGGCCAGCUUUAUUACUAUCGCAAGCAAUAUCGACUAUAGCUGUACAAAGGCUGCGUUGGUAGCCUUCCAUGAAGGCCUGACGCAAGAUCUGAAGCAUAGAUAUAACGCAAGAGAUGUACUUACAAGCAUUGUUUUCCCUUACUGGGUUCGCACGCCACUGAUACAGAAUCUUGCUACACAUUCGACUUUCCAUGACCCCCUUCAGGAGCCGAACGAUGUAGCUGAAGCGAUUGUAGAUCAUGUCUUGAAUGGCCGCCGCGGAGACCUCUUCUUGCCAGGCUAUGCAGGUCUUUUAUCUGGGAUUCGCGGGUUUCCUACUUGGAUGCAGGAGAUGAUUCGGGAUGGUAAGGCCGGUGUCCUACGGGAAACUAGUUUUUGA